AUGACGGACAGCAGAAAUCAAUUCCCAGGUGAAUCUUAUACUUCCAAAGGAAUAGAACGCUUUAUUUUCACCAUUCAAGAGAUCAACAAGAAUAUUCAGCUCUUGUGCAAUCUCACACUUGGCUACAAUAUCCAUGACAACUAUUUGAAUACACUUGGCACUUCAGAAGUCUUGCUGGACAUGCUCUCUACUGGAGAAGCCAAUGUUCCCAAUUACAGCUGUGGAAGGAAGGACCACAUUUUGGCUCUUCUUGAUGCAGUUGACAGGGAGAUUUCCAUCCAGAUGUCAACAUUGGUAGGCACCUACAAAGUCCCACAGAUUAAUCAUAGAGUUGUUUCAGAGACUCUGAGUGAUAAAAGUAAAUUCCCUUUUUUCCACCGGAUGCUCCUCAAGGAAGGGUUCCAGUAUUCAGCAAUUGUCCGAGUUCUCUUGCACUUCAGGUGGACCUUGAUUGGUCUCCUUGCUCCAGACACAGAGGAGGGAGAGAAUUUCUUGAGGACUUUUCCUCCUUUGCUUCUCAGGAAUGGAAUUUGUGUUGUUAUAUCACAACGAUUCGCAAUGACUGGACAUCGAGCACCCUUCAGGGAUUCCAGCUUUUCUCAGUGGAAACAAGUCAACGUCUUUGUUCACUUCACAGAACACAUCAUUCUUUCAAGCACAUUUCAUAUUUUUCAUCUAACACUUGACAUUUUGUCAGGACCCAUCAGAGAGAAGAUCUGGAUCACCACUACUUUAGGAAACUAUAUAAUGACUCAUCUUGGAUAUCACAAAUACAUCCAUAGUAUUUGGAGCUUUGAAUUUAUGCAAAAUAUAAGCCCAAAAGAUGGUGCUUUUGAAUCUUUUUCCUUUUUAGACUCCCAGUAUGAAGACAAGAAUUUUCAGUGUUCUUUUUCUAAGCAUGUUUUUUCUGUCAAAGGCCAGAAAAGAUGCACCCAAAAAACUCCAGUGGAGACAGAAGAUGAUUUGAAUGGGAUACUGGUUGAAAACAGUGACUCUGUUUACCUUAUCUUUAUGACUCUGGCCCACGUUUUGAAGGCUGCAUAUUCGUCCAGAUCCUGGAGGAGAAGGAAAGAGGCCCAAGAGACACUGGAGGCUCCAAGGCUGCAGCCGUGGCAGUUCCAUCCCUAUCUGGAGAAGAAUGAGCUCUACAAUCUUUCCCACUGGAAUCUUUACAUGGACCAUAAUGGAGAAAUAGCUGCAGAUAUGGACAUUGAGUUCUUGGUGAUUUCGCCUGAGGGGGAUUUGAUGAAAAGGAAACUGGGGAGUAUUGAAAGACAGAGAAUUGUUAUCAACGAAAUUGCUCUUUCAUGGAUAAAUCUGCUCAACAAGUCUCUGCCUCAGUCCCAAUGUGUGGAAAGUUGUCAUCCCGGAUUUGUCAAGAGGAAGCGAGAAGGAGAGCCUGCUUGCUGCUACGACUGUAUUCCUUGUCCUGAGGGGACCAUCUCCAUUCAUGAAGCCACAGCCCUUGUUUUAAUCAUAUUCAUUAAAUACCGAGAAACACCCAUCGUCAAGGCCAACAACCGAGACCUCUCUUACGUCCUCCUGGCCUCCCUCCUGCUUUGCUUCUUGUCUCCUUUUCUCUUCAUUGGUCAACCAAGGAAAGCCACCUGCCUUCUCCGACAAACAGUUUUCAGCAUCAUCUUCUCAGUUGCCGUUUCUUCUCUCUUGGCCAAAACCAUCACAGUAGUGCUGGCUUUCCUGGCCACAAAACCAGGAAACCGAGUAAAGAGAUGGCUGGGGAAGAGCUUGGCCAACUCCAUCAUCCUUUCUUGUUCUAGUGUCCAAAUUAUGAUCUGCUCCAUCUGGUUGGGAAUUUCUCCCCCAUUCCGUGACUCAGAUUUUCACUCCCAGCCUGGGGAGAUCAUCCUGCAAUGCAAUGAAGGCUCUGUUUUCAUGUUCUACAUCACCCUCAGCUACAUGGGCUUCCUGGCUGCCAUCUGCUUCACAGUGGCUUUCCUGGCCAGGAAUCUCCCUGGAGCCUUCAAUGAAGCCAAGCUGAUCACCUUCAGCAUGCUGGUCUUCUGCAAUGUCUGGGUCUCCUUCCUGCCCACCUACCUGACAAGGCUGGAGACUUCAUCAGGAACACAAGUCAUGUUGCUGCUUCUGCUUCUUCUGCUGUCCCAGGAAGUUCUGGGAAGUUUCAGAGCCAAAUGUCUCCUGACUCUGAAGAGGGACGAGGUGCAUCCACAGAAUUAUUACCAGCCAGGAAAGUUUCUCAUUGGUGGCAUCAUCUCUGCAACGAGGAAGUUGCUUCUACCAAUAAGCUUCAACAAAUCUCCUUUGACUCAAAUUUCUGUGUAUGUCAAAGUUCCUGCACAGAAUUAG